AUGUUUCUUCCUAUAUGGAGUAAACGCAUUUUUACUUGGUACGACGGCGUAACUAACACAAGCGAACUAUUCAUUGGACGUUUAAAUCUAGUGACCAAUAAUAAUGAAUACGGAAAAGCAUCAGCAAAUCUUACAGCAAUACGUGAAUCGGACCAAGGCUCAUAUCACUGCCAAAUUAUUUUUACCAAUCGCACACCGAGCAUACGGAAUAAUGGCACAUUCUAUCAUUUAACCGUGCAAGGUGGUUCACUUAUUAAGAUACCGCCAGUGAAUCAAACGAUUAUGGAGGGUCAAACAGCUUUUUUCCAUUGCGUCAUGAAAUAUCCAGAAACGUCAACCGCCUCAUGGUACAAAGACGGAGUGCUGCUGCAAGACGUACAGGACUUGGUGCGGCGCUCAUAUAUGGGUCCAGAUGGCAGCCUCAGCAUUGAUCCCACCAUGAUGAGUGACUUGGGUGAAUAUGUGUGCAAUGUACGCAAUAAUGAGGGCGAAAUACAAACGGCCAAGGCUUUUCUCAACAUACAAUAUAAGGCCAAAGUGAUUUAUGCACCGCCAGAAGUGUAUCUGCCAUAUGGUCAGCCUGCGGUGCUCGAUUGCCAUUUUCGCGCGAAUCCACCAUUGAAGAAUUUAAGAUGGGAGAAGGAUGGCUUGCUUUUCGAUUCGUAUAACGUGCCCGGCGUUUUUUACAAAAUGAACGGCAGUCUAUUCUUUGCGAAAGUAGACGAGAACCACGCCGGCAGCUAUACGUGUACACCAUUCAAUGAUCUAGGCACUGAUGGUCCAUCGCCCGUAAUUAGUGUAAUUGUAUUGCGCCCGCCAAUAUUCAGCGUAACACCGAAGGCGAUUUACAUACAAAAAUUGGGCGAAACUGCUGAACUACCAUGCGAAGCUAUCGACCGAGACGGAAACAAUCGUCCAACAAUUGAAUGGAAACGGAUACGUGGACAAAUUACAGAAAUCUGGACCCGGAACACUGGAUGCGGUACACUACACCUGAUAGAUACUUUGUAG